GUCCGGGGCCGCCCGCUCGGGCCUGGCGCGCUGAGGCCGCGCCGUGCCGCGCCGGGAGAAGGGCCGAUGGAGGCGGCGGGCGGCGGAGCGGGCGGCAUCGCCCUGCAUGACUUCAGCGGGCGGCUGGGCGAGCAGCAGGUUCACUUCCACGCCAUGCGGCUGCGGGACUCGCUGUUCCUGUGGGUGGGCGCCGCGCCCGCGCUCGCCAGCCUGGCCGUGGCCAUGUGCAGCCCCCACGACAGCGUCCCGGUGGCCGCCUCGCUCCUGGGGGACCCCUCCGACACCGCCUCCGCCUGCCUGGCCCGACGCUUGGCCAGCAAGACCAAGAAACAGGUAUUUGUCAGCUACAAUCUUCAAAACACAGACAGCAGUUUCACCUUGCUCAUAGAAAACAGGAUUAAAGAAGAAAUGAUGGCUUUUCCAGAGAAGUUCUGAGUCUGCAUCGCUGUAACAUAAGAUGGUUUUUUUAGACAAACUGAUCGCAGUUUACUUACUGGCCUUAAGUUUCAGGUUUGUUUUUGUAUUAUUUUGAUUGGAUUUGCAGUUGUUAUUAAAUAGAGGUCGACAUAAA